AUGUCCUGGAAGGACAAUUUCGGGUUCACAGACCGGCUGCGAGCCAUACAGUCUCUCACAACAGCUUAUCAGCAUGCUUCUUCCACACCUGCCUCCGCAUUUGCAGAGGCUAUAGCUCAAGCAAAGCAGCUUGAAACCGAGGCGUAUGACAAGGCGACCUCAAAAGACGAAUAUGAUUAUAUCUGCCAAAAGGCAAUUGAUGAAGCUGAAUUGGCAGCGUCCGCAAAGCUGAUCACUAGCAGCCCACAGCAUGUCGAGGAUGAGCGUGAACCAGAGACCUCAGUCGGGGAAGUGAUCGGUACACAUCGGUCGUGUUUCCACCACUUUGCUGGCCUCCACUCCGCCAUCUACAGAUCGAAGUUGGAAGAUGGGACUAUUCGGGCAGUGAAAGUCACUAUUCCCCAUAUGAUGACAGCUCCCCAUGAUGCUCACCGUGAGGCACGGUUGCUGCGCGAAGCUUCUCACGAGCAUAUAAUCCCAUUGAUCGAAACGUUUAAUCUUGACGGUGGUCGAUUUGUCUUGGUAUUUCCUUUUCUGCGAUAUGACUUCGAGCACUUGCUCCGGCGAGACAUGGUAAGUGCUGCUCAAACACGAUUGAUUUUACGAGACCUGUUCCGUGCCCUUGCCCAUCUCCACAGCAUGGGGAUACUUCAUCGGGACAUCAAGCCUUCCAAUAUUUUGAUGGACUCUCCCAACGGACCAGCCUACUUGGCAGACUUUGGCGUUUCAUGGAAAGAAGGCGAUUUGGGGUCAGAGCCAUCCACACAGAAAAUCACCGAUGUGGGCACGACCUGCUACCGACCCCCAGAGAUUCUGUUUGGGUUUAAAGGGUAUGGGACAUCCCUCGACAUUUGGGCUGCUGGCUGUGUAGUAGCAGAAGCCAUUGCGAUCGGCCACCACCAGCUCUUCGACUCCGGGCCCGUGGGCAGCGAUCUGUCGCUAAUUUCCUCGAUCUUCAAACUACUGGGCACUCCGGAUGAACAGCGCUGGCCGGAAGUCCAUGUCUUGCCAGAUUGGGGCAAAGUGGAAUUUCACUCGUUCCCCAGGCAGACCUGGGAGGACAUCCUCCCGGGUGCAUCUUCGAAUGGGCGUGAUUUAGUCAGCCACCUAUUAUGCUACGAGAGCAGCCAAAGACUCUCGGCAACAGAGGCCCUUGCCCAUCCAUAUUUUGCUCGGAUCUGA